UCCUUUGACUCGGCGGAGCACUGCGUUCGUCCCAUGCAGUCGUGCGGCGUCUCCGUCGCCGCCGCUGCCUGCGCUGCUGCUCGGAGUCUCGGCUCGGCUUCUUCUGCUGGUGAUGAGGGAAAGAAAAUGGCGGCGGGAAAAGCGAGUGAAACAGAGGAGGACUUUCCGACACUGACAGCCCAGGAGAGGGAGACUCUGGCCGGGAUCGACAGCUCACUGUUUGGAUUUCAGAAGCUUCAUGAAGAUGGCGCCAGAACGAAGGCCCUGUUGAUGAAGGCUGUCCGCUGCUACGACUCGCUCAUCCUGAAAGCCGAGGGGAAAGUGGAGCCUGAGGUCUUCUGCCAGCUUGGCCACUUCAACCUCCUCUUGGAGGAUUAUCCAAAAGCAUUAUCAGCAUACCAGAGGUACUACAGUUUACAAUCAGACUACUGGAAGAAUGCUGCGUUUCUGUAUGGCCUGGGAAUGGUCUACUUCCACUAUAACGCCUUUCAGUGGGCGAUCAAAGCAUUCCAGGAGGUGCUGUACAUCGAUCCAGGAUUCUCCCGGGCCAAGGAGAUCCACCUCCGCCUGGGCCUCAUGUUCAAAGUCAACACAGACUACGAGUCGAGCCUAAAGCAUUUUCAGCUGGCUUUGAUUGACUCCAACCCCUGCACUUUGUCCAAAGCUGAAAUCCAGUUCCACAUUGCUCAUCUGUAUGAGAUCCAGAAGAGAUUCGGGGCUUCCAAGGAGGCGUACGAGACCCUCCUGCAGACCGAGGACCUCCCUGCUCAGGUGAAGGCCACCACCCUGCAGCAGUUGGGCUGGAUGCACCACACAGUGGAACAGCUGGGGGACAAAGCCAGCAGGGACAGCUAUGCCAUCCAGUGUCUGCAGAAAUCCGUGGAAGCUGACCCCAACUCCGGACAGUCUUGGUACUUCCUUGGCAGGUGCUACGCUAGCAUUGGCAAAGUCCAGGAUGCCUUCGUCUCUUAUCGGCAAUCCAUAGAUAAAUCGGAGGCUAGCGCGGAUACUUGGUGCUCUAUAGGGGUGUUGUACCAGCAGCAGAACCAGCCAAUGGACGCCCUGCAGGCCUACAUUUGCGCCGUGCAGCUGGACCACAGCCACGCCGCCGCCUGGAUGGACCUGGGCACUCUGUACGAAUCCUGCAACCAGCCGCACGAUGCCAUCAAGUGCUACAUCAACGCCACGCGCAGCAAAGGCUGCACCAACACCGCCGCGCUAACCCACCGCAUCAAAUGUCUCCAGGCUCAGUUGAGUAACCCCCAGCUCAGUAGCCUACAGGGUAAAAGUAAAAUGCUCCCUCUUAUUGAGGAGGCAUGGAGCCUACCAAUCCCAGCUGAGCUAACCUCCAGGCAGGGAGGCCUGAGCAGUGCACCGCAGCAGGCUUGUAAGCCCAAUCACAGCGCAGAGGGAGGGGGCUCGGGUCAGUCUCUACCCCCUCAUGCAGGCGCGCUGGGCCAAGCGGAGGACCAGUCGUGCCCGGCCAAGAGGAGAAGAGCCGGCAGUCCUGCCAAGAAUGACUCAUGGCCCAGUAAUCCACCACAACAGCCAUCACCGAGCUGGUACCUCUCCCCACAGAAAUUACAGAUGCUGGAACAGCUGCGUGGUAACCGAGGCAACCUGAAGCCCCAUGAGCUACAGGCGUUGGAGCAGCUGGAGGCUCAGCUUGCAGUAAUGCAGCAGCACCAGAUGAGGCAGAAUGCAUCGGGAGCUCCGAUUCGUCCCUCCCUUCCUAACGGCCCCACCGCUAACACUCUCCCCUCUCCUAACCCCGGCCUCCACCCCACGCGGCCCCACCUGGGCCCACCCCGCCAUUUCUGCCCGCCUCAGCCACAGCCGAUGGCCAACGGGCCAGUCGGGCACUUGGACGCCACGAGCGACGGUCGCAACGGCAGCGCUAAUAAUCAGCCGGGACCCAACGGAGACGUGCCUUACCCGCCAGCCGCCGCAGCACCGCUACCUCACACCUGCACAAGCACGACGCCACAGGACGCGGCGCCGCACCUAAAUUCCUCUCAGGGGCUUCAGAAGGAGUGUGUUAAACAUGCGACAGGCUCAAGCAGUGAGGGGAAUCCCUCUCACCCCCAGAUUCCCAACUCCACUAGUCACCCCAACAAUCAGGUUGGACAUUCCAGUAAUGCCCCGUCGCCACGGCAGCCGACUCACAACCACCUCCCCUCCCCGCCGUCGCUCCCUCACUCCUCUACCUCAGGCGGUGCCGCGUCCAUUACCAAAGACGGCGACGCCGCUGGCGCCGCGUCCCACGGCAACGGGGGCUUAGACGGCUCGGCGCAAACGUCACUCCCGCCUGCCGAGAGCGAGAAGGCGCAGGCGGACGGACUGGCCAAUCACGUCCGCUCUGAAGAGGGAGACAAGGUGGCGGAUGGUGGCGAGAAGCAAAGCCUUAGCGCAGACAAUCCCAGGCUGUCCGCCACCCUGGCGGUGGAAAAGGGUCCCGAGGAGAGCGAGGCGCCGUCAGAGGGCACGACAUCCACAGCGACGGGGCUGGAGCCCCAGAAGAAGGUGAACAACAUCCACCCGGCCGCUCUGCCCUCUGCCCCCCAGCCGCAGGGCAGCUCAGCCGCCUCCUCCCCCAUUUCCGCCAUGUCUACCGCCACGCCGUCGCCCAAAUCCUCUGAACACAUCCAAACAGGGGGCCAGAGCCCCCCCACAACCACUACCGCCACGUCCACCGCCGCUACGUCCACAACCACGCCUGCCGUCAACGGCAACAGCAAAGGAGGCAUCUCCGAGGACUCUCAAAGCCCCCUUAAGGCCGAGCCUCCCGCCAUCACAGGUCUCAUAGCAACGCCGCCACACGGACACAACUCGUCCUCAUCCUCGUCUUCGUCUUCUUCUAUUUCCAUCUAUCCCAGCUCCACAGACGUGCUGAAAGCCUGCAGAAACCUGGGGAAGAACGGCCUUUCCAACAGCAGCAUCCUCCUCGAUAAGUGCCCCCCGCCCCGACUGCCGCCCCCGCCGUCGCCGGCCCUGCCCAAAGACAAGCUCAACCCUCCCACUCCCAGCAUCUACCUGGAGAACAAAAGGGAUGCUUUUUUCCCGCCGCUGCACCAGUUCUGCACAAACCCCUCCAACCCGGUUACCGUCAUCAGAGGCCUGGCUGGAGCUCUCAAACUGGAUCUCGGCUUGUUCUCCACCAAGACGCUGGUGGAGGCCAACCCAGAGCACCCGGUAGAGGUCUGGACUCAGCUGCUGCAGCCCGCCGACGAGAACUGGGACCCGAGCGGCACCAAGAAGAUGUGGCGCUGCGAGAGCACCCGCGCUCACACCACCAUCGCCAAAUACGCGCAGUAUCAGGCCGCCUCCUUCCAGGAGUCCCUCAGGGAGGAGAAUGAAAAGAAGGCACUAAAGGAACCUUUGGACACAGAGCCAUCAUCUGCAGAGAGUGCAACACGAAAAAGAAGAGGGCCCUUAAAACACAUCAAAUUUGGAACCAACAUUGACGUCUCUGACGAAAGGAAGUGGAAACAGCAGCUGCAGGAGCUCAGCAAGCUGCCGGCCUUCGCGCGGGUGGUGUCUGCCGGCAACCUGCUGAGCCACGUGGGCCACACCAUCCUGGGCAUGAACACGGUGCAGCUGUACAUGAAGGUUCCCGGCAGCAGGAUCCCGGGCCACCAAGAGCACAACGACUUCUGCGCCGUCAACAUCAACAUCGGGCCCGGCGACUGCGAGUGGUUCGCCGUGCCGGAGGCCUACUGGGGCGUGAUGAGCAACUUCUGCGAGAAGAACAACAUCAACUUCCUGAUGGGAUCGUGGUGGCCCAAUCUGGAGGACCUGUACGAGUCGGACGUGCCGGUUUACCGCUUCAUCCAGCGUCCGGGCGACUUGGUGUGGCUCAACACGGGGACCAUCCACUGGGUGCAGGCCAUCGGCUGGUGCAACAACAUCGGCUGGAACGUCGGACCUCUCACCGCCCACCAGUACAAGCUGGCCGUGGAGCGUUACGAGUGGAACAAGCUCCAGAGCGUCAAGUCUGUGGUUCCCAUGGUGCACCUCUCCUGGAACAUGGCGCGGAACAUCAAAGUGUCCGACCACAAGCUGUUUGAGAUGAUCAAGUACUGCUUGCUGCGGACGUUGAAGCAGUGCCAGUGGGUGAAGGAGGCGUUGACGUCGGCCGGGAAGGAGACGGUGCUGAAGCCGAGGACGAGGGACGAGCCGGCGCACUACUGCAUUAUCUGCGAGGUGGAGGUGUUCAACCUGCUGUUUGUGCGCCGCGAGCCCCUGUCCAAGAAGCAGUGCCUGGUCCACUGCCAGGACUGCGCCAGGAAGGGCAGCGCGGCGCUCGACGACUUCAUGGUGCUGGAGCAGUACAGGAUGGAGGACUUGAUGCAGGUCUACGACCAGUUCACACUAGCCCCUCCUCUUCAUUCUUCUUCAUCUUGACAUUAGGCUCUUCCUGUCUUCUUUUUCUUCUUCUGCUCUGGAGCCAUGAAGCCCUGCAGGACCCCUGUUCUCAGAUCGGAAACAACGCCUCCACAUACAGACCCGUUUCUGAUAUUCAGGAAAAGCUAAGGCCGUCUCCCCGCCCACCCCAACCCCACCUCACCUCCACCCCCUCCAUCACUGUCGCUUGAGGCUGAGGCGGCUGAGUGUCUGUCUAUGCAACCUGUUUGAAGCCAGAAGGGGGCGCCACCUGGCCUGAUAACAGGACUUUAAACUUUUCUUUUCCUCCCUCUUCUCCCCUCUCUUCUAAAGACAGUGGUUUCAUGUUUUACUGGAGGAUUUAAUCAAAUACGGUUGGGAAUGUGGAGACGAGGGAUUUUUUGAUUUUUUUUUUUUUUAAAGCGUGGUAAAAAUGUUUUUGUAGAUACUUAACUGUCACAACUGGCAA